GUGUGAGUUAUAUACGUCUCUUUGACUUAUAAAACUAGUUUGAGAGAUUUGCCAGACGUCCUGGAGCUGAUAUCAGAAUGUAUUGAGCGACACGUUAUCCAUCACAGUUUUACUUGCAUUCGCAGCAUUUACAUGUAUGAUCGAAUUCGUGGAAACCUAGUUCCUUGCAGAGUCUAUGGUAAAACUCAGGCGCGGCAAAGCGAAUGACGACGUGUCUAUUUAGCUGGUUCAUCCCUUUCCACUCAUAAUUCCUAACUGCACAUGAAGCAAAGAGAUCCCUGUCAAUCUGCGCGGACUUUUGCUCCUGUUUCCCAAAGUUCGUUAUGAGUGCUUUCGUUUCUGGGGGCUCAAAACGACACCGUAAAUCCUCGAACAGCAGUGGCGAGUCUGCUAGGAGACACGCGAAACGAUUUUGGAGCUCUUUGUAUAGUUCCAACGCUUUUUUGGGAAGGAGUUCGAAGUUCUGUACUGUAAUAUUGACCCACACGAUGCGUAUUUCAUAUGUUGCGAUCGAAGCUGCUUUGGGAUCGAAUAAGUUAAGCGCAGCUGCUAGGCAUAAGUAAUGAGGCGAUUAGAAAGGACUUUCAACAAGAUGGAGGAUAAGAGUAGGCGUACGUUACUUCCCUAAACCAGGGCGUUGUCCGCUUGAAGAGCGGGAGUUUGGCUACUCCGCCAUAAAUGGUUUUUCUGUUUUCCUGUAUAAUCACACCAGAAAAGUUGAGUACAUUCAUAGGGCCAUUUACCUCGGCUAGUGUGAACAGAACCUUGUUUUUGGGCGCCGAGCCGAAGGCUGCCUCUAAGUCGAUAAGCACCGCGUGUAGCGGAUUGUGUUGCCAGUGCUUUUUUGAGGUCAGCCAUCAUGAUCCUGCGCGCCGUUUUCAUGCAACGUUCUUUCCGGUUCAGCAUUGAGAUGACGUGUAUGCUUCACAUCUGAACACUCACAGCGCGAAAGAGCUUCAGGCAUAUUAUUCGCAUAUGAUCGGUAAUCUAUUUGAGAUCAAUCUCUGCGCCAUCAAUGAUCGUCUUGCUGUUGGCGAGUACAUGGGCCUCGUGAAUCUCCUCUCGCCAAAGGGUCCUGUAUUUCAACUCGUUGAAAAACUUACUACCCAGAUGACUGUACCUCGAGUCCUGCUUCCAUUGACAAAACUACCCACUGCUUUGGUCGAACAGCUGGUGCAAUCGAAUGCCUCACACUACCUUUUGCACAAGCUUUCCCUGGACAACAACUAUUUGCAGCUGAAUCCCAUUGAGUACUUUUUAUUCCAUCUGAUAGGACAUCUCGUCGAGCCUUGGGUGGCCGAAAUUAAGAUGGACAUUAAUAACUGGCCAACUGUCGUGUACUUCACCCUAUUCGAUCGUUAUUUGGCUCACUUCCUCGAUUGCAACGAGCCUAGCACAGUGCAGACAACCAUCCUGCAGAGCCUCGGCAGUCGAUUUCACCCCUGUGGACGGCCUGUCGGCAAAGGUCACCACUGCCUUUUGAAAAAGGACAGUCUCCUUAACGGAAGCAAUCUAAGCAUGAAUUCAAAUUCGUCGCUUUUAUUAAACUCAAGCAGCCGAACAAUGACCCUGAUGAACGUCCUGUCUGAGCUAUGGUUCGCGAAUCCGAAGCCAGGAGAAAAUCAGCAGCUGCAACGCGCCAUGUGCAUGCUCGUUAAAAAACUUCACUCGUGCGGCUAUUUCGAAUCAAACACGCCCCCAUUAUUGCGACGACGUCUAUACAAGUUCAUUCGACUGGCUUUAACGACAUGGCCAUUGGACUCGAGUUUUCGGUUGCCGCUUGAAGUUUGGCUUGCAUUUAUCCAGCCAUGGAGGUACGCCAGUGGCGAGGUGGCUUCGGGUGUGUACGGCGACUUGCACAAUCCUGACCGAUAUAUAAUGUUCAUUGAUCAGCAUCUUCUUUUCUACACGCAUUUCUUACUCAUAGCACUUGAAAGAAUUAGCGUACUUGACCUUAGCCUGGCGCCGAACGUCGUUUUAAUCAGCAGGAUAUGCAAGGUAUUUAGUCAAGAAGGUCUAAUGGACGUGCUUUUAGGACGAGAAGCGAUAGGGGACCUACUUCAGCAUUCAAAAGUGGAAUUCGAGCAUCCGGGGUUCACCUUUGAGACUGUAUACAGUGACUACUGGCGGGCUAAAGCACGCGAUCUUAUCCGCAGCCUACGCAAUGGCCAAGUAAGGGUUGAAGCUCGAAUAGAAGUUCUCGAAAGAUCCUUAAGGGAGAAAGGUUGGUGGCCUAAGUUUUGGGAAAGUUUGCAAGGAAUCACAACGCCCAACCCCGUUUCAGAUUUCCGAACUUUGGAAAAGCUACGGAUGUCCAUAAAUAAGCUAGCUCAAAUUUUCCGCGUUGAAAUACCCGACAUCAAUGUUAGCGUUGAAGCCGAAAUGAUGGAUGUUUCCUUAGACAGCAAUACGAGCAGAAGCCCCCGAAAGCAGCUUUUUGAUUCACGAUAUCUUGGCAUGCCCGAAAAACAGCCGCCUCGAAGUAACGAAAUCGAAUGUUUAUUGCCUCCGUUGGAACGAUGGUCAAUUCAACUGAAUACCAGGUUUGGCCGACAGAUCAAACAGCUCUAUCGGCGGCGCAACACCGACUGGGGAGCCUAUUUAAUUAUGGCUAUUCUACGGUACAUUAUUCUACCGCCAGCAUCGUAUGUCGAGAUUCAUAAAGAACGCGCGUUUCUCAGUCCUAGAAAGCAUAAUGAAAUUCAGCUCCCGGCUAGAUUCUACCUGAGGCCACUGGCGAAAAGAAAAGUUAUGUAUUUGAUGAUUGUGGUACUGCUAGUUUCGUAUAUGAUCGGCAUGAAAUUGGUGCUGAUGCUAGCCUUGAUAUUUGUCACGUGUAAGGUCGUCAUUGAAAGGGUUUAUCUUACUAUCUACCCAGACAUUGAUGAUAACAGUUUUCGAUCUUAGUCAAGUGCUCAGCGAGCAACCACUAGGAACGAGUAAGGUUUAAGUCUAACAUAAACGAAAAAGCCAGCAACAAAACACAAACUACAAGCCACAAUCUUUUGAUGACAUUUGAUGCAGGUUUGACACACUGUUAUGGGUAAUAGUAUGGAGUUGUGUGCAUAUUUUAAUCAUCUAAAAAAAAUAUAUUAUCAUAUGUGGACAUGUAUAUGUGCGAUUUUAUAAGUAACCUUUGCCCCCUUUAGCCCUUUAGCUAAAAAGGAGAGAAGUCAUAUAUGUAUUAAUGACCACUCAACGCGAUAAACUCUCAUUGACAUGGUAAUUAAAGCGGAAUUCAUUUAAUGAUAUUUAAUAGAAACACCAGUAAAAAUGGUAAAUAUAAUAAUAACAGUAAGGAUCAAAUACUAAUAAUGAAUAAUGAACAUACAUAAUUAUAAUGAAAAUGGUUGUUUCGAUAUUUAUUGCAUCUCUUCAAGUGUUUUUUCUCUUAGAUAAAGACGAGGAAAUCAUUGAAGAGUGCAAGCUCCUUACGUCAUUUGUGUAAAUAAAGGAAGCAAAGCAUGCUUA